AUGUCGGAUCCUGCAGCAGCGCAGUCGUUUCUAAAUCUCAAUGCGCUGCUUGAAAAUCCUGUUUUUGCCGGAGGCUUUGGCCUCGCGUCUCUUGGCGCCGCUUUGGCAUUUGCUCGCCGAGGCGCAUUGGCUACAGCUGGUAUGAUUCGACGUCGUAUGCUUGUUAAUGUCGAAAUUAGUAGGCAAGACCCGUCUUAUCCUUGGGUCCUUGCCUGGUUAUCACAACCUCGUGAACAAACUUCUUUAAUUGCGAAGAAGUUGACGCGUAUCAACAAGCUAUCUGUUACUACGUCCACUAGCUCUACUCCAAACGGCGCCACUAAAGCCAGCUUCUUUCUACAACCUGGAUACGGCCGUCAUAUUGUGAAGUACAAACAUGCGUACAUUGCCGUAAACAGAGAGAAACAGGCAACAGCAAAGACAAACACUGGUGAGCCCCAUGAGACCGUGGAACUUACUACUUUAUAUGCGCAUCGACACAUUUUCGAAGAUGUUUUCGCUGAGGCUCGGGGUCUUGCACUCCAAGCAAACGAGGGGAAGACUGUAGUUUAUUCGGUGCGAAAUUUUGAUUGGGUCCCACUUGGGGAGCCUCGAAGAAAGCGACCCUUAGGCAGCGUCAUCUUGGACCAAGGUAUUAAGGAAGAUAUCGUCAACGAUGCUAAGGACUUUCUCGCCCGACGACAAUGGUAUGUGGAUCGCGGAAUCCCGUAUCGUAGGGGAUAUCUUCUAUACGGCCCGCCGGGAAGUGGCAAGAGUUCGUUCAUUCAGGCGCUGGCUGGCGAACUGGAUUUUAGCGUGGCCAUGGUUAAUCUUAGCGAGAUCGGAGUGACCGAUGAUAAACUCGCCUUUCUUCUUACCAAGCUUCCAGAGCGGACUAUUCUCCUGCUGGAGGAUGCUGACUCCGCAUUUGUCAACCGGAGGAAGCGUGAGUCAGAUGGAUACAGCGGCGGGACGGUGACGUUCUCCGGGUUGUUGAAUGCUUUAGAUGGAUUAUCUGCGGGGGAGGAACGACUUGCAUUCCUCACUACCAAUCAUGUCGAACUUCUGGAUCCGGCUCUGAUUAGGCCAGGCCGCGUGGAUAUGAUGGUCCGCAUAGGCGAGGCAACCAGGUAUCAAGCUGCUCAGAUGUGGGACAGAUUUUAUGGUGACGUCGAUGCCGAUGGUACUCACCGGGAAAGGUUCUUGAAGCGACUCGAUGAUUUGGGGCUCUUUCGCGACGCGAAGGAUGGCGAGUCGCUCCCUCGAACUAGCACUGCUGCUAUCCAAGGCCUUUUCCUGUUCAACAAAAAUGAUAUGGAGGGCGCCAUCAGCAUGGCUGAACACCUCAUUCCGACAAAGUUAGAACCGGAGAAAUAA